UAAAAUUGAGAAAAAAAAAGUUCACAAAAGAAAAAAUAUUUUUUUUUUUUGUAUGCAAGCAAAUUGAAUUCAAUCAUGAAGAAGUCUUAUUAUUCCCAAUCGAAGAAAUCGAAGAACACUUGCAAGGAGCGGCUUGAUUGCCAAAAAAUGGCUGGACUUGGCCUGGAGUCAACCGACGAGAGUACUUUGAGUGGACAUAUCGAUUCCAUCUCGAAAUCGCUCUCACAGUCGUUCUCCAUGUCGCUGUCGGAGACUCCAUCGUGCUACAAGCAGUACAGGAAGCGCCCCGACUGCGAGAAGUCCACACAGACUUUGGUGUUCGCUUGCCCUCGCUGCAGCAGGGAAUUCGGUUCGAUUCAAACUUCUGAAAGUCAGAGCGAUAGCUCGUCCAGCCAGCAGCAGACUGAAGAUCAACUGGAGCAGUCCUCAGGACGUACUGAAAUGACGGGCCUUACCAUGGAUAUGCCGUCACCACCGAAACCGCUGUCGGCCAAGUCAUCCAAGCAGCUGUCAAUCAAAGAGCCGAAGUCAACAAAUACUGAACAUGCAAGUGACUAUAAGCCACGCUGUGAUGGUAAGCCGCCACGCUAUCCGCAGCCAAUCAACAAAGAGAUUCCAAUGGACUAUCACAAGCAAUCGACCAGCCGUAAGUCCAAGUCGAAGAUGGCCAAGGUGCUGCAGUCACCAGUCAGCGAAGGCUCAUUGCAGAAGCUGGGCGGCAAGCACAUGUACGAUUUUCCGGAUAACGGCUACGUUUCUCCAGCGGCCACUGAGCCUUGCGGUCCGCUUGAUCUGCGCAAGCAGAAGCCGCCGCAGAGCUUCCGCACUGUGGCCACUGAGACAUCACUUCAGUCCAUUGCCGACAAAUUGCCAAAGGAGUCGGAGCACAAAGAGUUUGCUGUUCCACUACCAAAACAUCAGACUUCUCAGCACGUUCGCAAACAGACCCAAUAUACACCAGAUGACGUGGAUCUGCAUGCAGCACAAGCCAGCAGGGUGACUAAGAAGGGUCGCAAUCCGUCACGCAACAUGGAGCAAGAGACAAAAUCAAGUGCCGCCAGCAUGAAGGAGUCAACUGAGAUCAAGCCACCGACCAAGGUGCAUACUUGCAAGACAUCGAAAGCGGCCCAGACACAGUCGAAGUCACGCCACGGACGUCAUGGCAACAAGAAUAGCCAAUUGGCAAUUGCCAGGCGUGCCAAGGAGGCAACCGCCGAGAGUAACGAGCUGCGCAAUAAGAUAGUCGAUGAUCUCAUUUACUAUAAGAGCCUCCACGAAGGCAAUUCCACAUCGAGUGGCUCAUCCUCGAUGUUGCGUUCGAUUAACGAUGAUAUGACCAAAUUGUUCGAUCUAUAUGCUACUACCACACCCAGUGAGACAACAGAGUCGCCGACUUCGGGCAGCAAGACCGAGUCACCAAAACCAAGCUGCGUAAAGGAGCGCCAUCAUUUGCCAUCACUGGGCUUGCCCAGUCCAGCUCAGCCCAAGCAGGAGGAGCGCAAGUUGUCAAAGGCUGAGGAAAAGGUACGUGAUGCUCUACGUCAGGGACCAAAGAUCAUGAACAUGUUGAACCUUACUCCACAAGACCUGAUCGAUACCCAUGUCACGGCCCCAAUGAUUCGUCGCGUUCAGCGCAUUUAUCGCGCCAAUUUGGCUGAGCAAAUGAUGCUUGUCCAGGAGCUGGACAGCAUUCCAAAGUUGGUGCGCGAAAUGUUGCAGAAACUGCAACAGAAGUAAAUUUAACUGUUCUUCUUAUUAUUGGUUAAUCAACAACAACAACAACAACAACAACAAAAAUUUCUAGUUAUGUGUUAAACAAUCGAAAUUGAAGGAAAUUCGGAUAUGGCUCACAGAAGAAUCCUCAAUAAACAAGCAAAUAUGCUGAACGUAUUGAUUGAUAU